AUGAGUGCGGUCACACCCACCAGCCCGGGCUUCCCGCUCACCAUGGGCACAGGCGCAAUGGCUGCUCAGUUUGCAGGUCCGUCCUCCAACGCUGGCUCUCCGCGAUCACGUCCUACAACACCACUUUCAGCUGGAUUUAUCCCGCCCGGCCCCACCUACGACGAUCUCGGUAGGUGGGAGGAUGCCGACGUGGCCGCUUGGCUCAACAACGCACGCCUCGGUCAAUACGCCUCGACCUUUGCCGAACACGACAUUCGCGGCUCGGUUAUCCUCGAUGUAGAUCAGGCCGCACUCAAACAGAUGGGCAUCACCAUGGUCAAGGACCGCGUUCGUAUCUCUGCCGCCAUCAAGCUGCUCAACAAGCGAUGUGCCGAUUCCGCCGUUGCUCGCAGACCCAGCAUCGUCUCCAUACCACCGCUCUCCCCCAUGGCAUCGCAUGCGCUCUACGCCAACGAAGGCGAGAUCGAGUAUCUCCAACACGACCCCACCACCGACCCAUCGGCCGACGGACAGAACCAGAGCUUCGGCCUCAACUCGAUGGGCAUGCGAAGAGGCCAGAUGCGUCCACCACCACUCACGUUGAAGCAGUCUACCUCGAGAGGCAUGCCAGGAUACGCCUCGCCCGCAAGCUCGCUCAACAACAGCCAAGGCUUCGGCCUCAGCGCUGCUCGUGGUCUCACUCCUGGCGCUGCUCGUGGCAGCGUCUGGAACACUUCGGCUUCCACCGCUUCCUCCAAGCCAAGCACGGCGGAUGGCGCUCUCCAUCGCAAGGUCAACUCCAUCGGAAGUGUCGCUGCCCCCACCCUUUCUGGUGCCGCUGCUCUUUCGUCCUCGCGCAAUCUUUACGGUCACACCGCUCAGUCCAAUCGACCCAGUACAGCUACAGGCGCCAGUGGGUAUUCCAACGCGCCAGGAUCGCAGCAGACACGGGGCGGCCUCACAUCUAGCAGCCCGACGGGCGCAUCGUUUGGUAGCAGCGCUGCUGCCAGUGCAGGCCGUCCCUCGACGGCAACGGGUGCGCAAUCGUAUUCCAGUAAUCUCCCGGGUGGUUCGGGCAGAGAUGGCUACUCACCACUAACACCCAUCUCGGAGUCCAGUUCGCACGGCAAUACCCCCACCACCCCUUCCGGCAUUCAGCAACAGCAGCAGGCAGCAGGCUAUUCGGUCGGGCGCGGUCCAUUCGCUGCUGCUCAGCGCUACGCCCCGUCCGCAACCCCACAGCAGCAGUCCUCUUCUGCUGGCACCCUCAGGCGCAUCGACAGCGGCGAGGGCUACAACCUCGCUGGCUACCAGAACCCCAAUCCUCCAACCUUGGAGGACCUCAAACGUCGCACCAUCAAGUUUAUCAGCGAAGAGGACAAUACCACGCGUAUCGUUAACGUCAGCGACUGCCGCGAUGCCUACGAUGUCAUGGCGCGCGUGCUCAAAAAGUUUGGCAAACCACCCAGCGGCAAUAGCUAUACACCUACUGCUGACCAAGGGCCAACGGGUGACGAGCUUGGCGCCACCGAGACGUGGGGCAUCUUUGCCACUAGCGCCGACGGCCAAAACACCAAAGCGCUCUCCGACAACGAGCUGCUGGCCAUCUGCCACGCGCCUCAACCUCACGAUCCGCUUCGUGAGCGUGGUCUCACACUUCGAAGGAUUCCCAAUCACCUCCCCGGCGAGGACGCACGAAAGGUCCCGGUGCGUUCGGGCAGGAACAAGCUCGAGGCAUUCUUCGGCGAACGUAUGCCAGUCGCGCAAAUGCAGCCUGCAGGGCCCGGCUCGGGUACCAAUGGAGACGAAGGCGAUGCAGGCAGCGUUACAAUCAGUGGCAAGAAGAUGAAGCGCGCUUCCACUGUCAGCAUCAUGUCUGGUCUGGGUGUCGGUCCGUUCAGCAGCAGCAGCAGCAACAAUCAUCACAACAAUGCCUCGAACCAGGCUGGAACCAGUCACAGCAGUAAGGCAGAAGGCAAGCUCGCGUCCAAGAAGGAGAGCAAGCACAUCUCGCCGCCCCCCGUCACGAGCAAACCCAGCAAGAUUCGCAACUUUUUCGGCCAGCGUCCACCCUCGGAGCUCAUCAACACCAACCUUGCCGACUUCUUCCCGUCGACCGAUUCCAAGGCACUCCAGCGCACGGCGAGACGUUCCGUCUACGGCCGCGCUUCAGCGAGCACGCGCUCCAAGCGCAACAGCACCUGGAGCUUUGUCGCUGACCCGGAUGCGCCGCCUCUGCCCAACAAAGAGUCACUGGAUGGCCAUCAGACGCCGCUUGAGCGGUCGUCGGUGUCGAUACGAGAUCGUGGUACCACCCCCAUCAUCCAGAUCGGAUACGACUCCCGCUCGGAAGAUGAACAUUCAAGCAACGCGCAUCGUAUGUCAUCCAGCUCGCAUCUCGGUUUGCAACAGCCCGUGACUGGCCCGCCUACACUUCCGCCAGUGGUCGGUCGAGAUUCGCUGGAUGAAUGGUCGCGCGAUCUCAAGGCCGUUGGCUCGCCCGUGUCUGAGGUCAGUUCCACGUUCCCGGGUGGCAGGCACGGCCUUGGCACUUCAUCGCAGCAGCAGCAUCACUUGGCUUCACUGCAAUCCCCUUCGCAAGGCAGUAGUCUGCCCUAUCGGCCCUCGAUGUCGCGUCGUGCCUCGGGCGAGAGUGCAAGGAGUCGACGCAGUCUCGCUUCCCAGGUCCGUCACGGCCUCAGCGCUGCUCGCGAGCGCAAUGCCGACGCAGCCAGUUUGCUCACCGUUGAUGAGAUUACCCAAGAGGUUGAGAACAGGAGAGAAAGCAUCUCGCUGGCUGGAGCUGGAGGAGGCUGGGUCGUCGACGAGGAUGGCGUGCCUAUUCCUAUUCCUGGCGCCUCGUCAGCGCGAUCCUCAUCAGCUGCUGCCUCGACGCGACCUUCCAGCGGCGUUUCCUCGUCCUACGUCCACGACCAGGAGAGUCUGAGCGACGAAGAGGCCAACCAGUCUUCGGACCUCGAGGGUCCACCGCGCACCAAGAAGGCCCGCAGCAUCGUCUCGAAAGCUGCUUCGAUCCACACUGUCGCUAGCAAGCGUGCCUCUUCUGUGCUCCAGGCGCCGGGCGACGAAGCUGACCGUCAUUUGGGCGAUCCCAUGGCUGUCGCACGCAGCACAACAUCCCGUGCCAGCUCGGUUUCCGAACUGCGACGCUCGAUCGAUGACAAUGGCGACUAUAGCGACGGCGACUCUGCCCCGGGCUUUACCGAGUCGGACAUCGAUUCGGACGGCUCCGAUACGGACCACGACGAUCCAGCCAACGACGUUUACCUGCCGUCGGCAAAUAAGGCGCCCAUCAAGUGGCACAAGGGGGCGCUCAUCGGUGCUGGUUCUUUUGGUAACGUCUUCUUGGGAAUGAACGCCAAGACGGGUCUGUUGAUGGCCGUGAAGCAGGUCGAGCUGCCUUCGGGCGAUUCGAAUCUUGACCAGCGCAAAAAGGGCAUGCUCGAGGCGCUCGAACGGGAGAUCAAACUGCUCAAGACAUUGGAACACGAAAACAUUGUGCAGUACCUCGACUCGUUUGCCGAUGGCUCGCAUCUCAACAUUUUCCUCGAGUAUGUUCCCGGUGGCUCGAUCGUGGCGCUCCUCCGCAACUAUGGCGCGUUCGAGGAGCCGCUGGUCCGCAACUUUGUGCGUCAGAUCUUGAAGGGUCUGUCGUUCCUGCACAACCGGGGCAUCAUGCAUCGCGACAUCAAGGGCGCGAAUAUUCUGGUCGACAACAAGGGAGGCAUCAAGAUCUCCGAUUUCGGUAUCAGCAAAAAGGUCGAGUCGGAUCUGGUGCUUGCGACCAACAAGGGCGGUGCGGCUGCCGUCGUAGCCGGGGGAGCUGCGCAUAGACCGAGCUUGCAGGGGAGUGUGUUUUGGAUGGCGCCCGAAGUGGUCAAGCAGACGAGCUACACGAUCAAAGCCGAUAUCUGGUCGCUCGGGUGUCUGGUCGUAGAGAUGAUCUCGGGCACGCAUCCAUGGGCCGAGCUCAACCAAAUGCAGGCGCUCUUCCAGAUUGGUAUGGGUCGCAAGCCGAGUCUGCCGGACGAGAUCAGCAACGAGUGCAGGGACUUUUUGGAAAGGACGUUCGAGCUGGACUACAACGACCGGCCCUCGGCGGACGAGCUGCUCAAUCAUGCGUUCAUGGGCACCGAGAUGACGUUCCCGCCUUCGAGCGGUGGUGCGGAUGGUGGCAACGAUGACGAUGCUGCAGCUGGCGGUGUCGAAGCUGGAGAAGGCGAUGUGUCGAGCGCGACGAUGCUCGCCGCGGACGGAGAGAGCACCACGAGGGAGACCAAGGACGGUAAGCGGCCGACGCGGUCGAAGUCGAUGAGGAAGCUGGACCGCGAGAAGAGGCAUAAGGAGGCAGCGGCGGCUGCGGCUGCUGCGGCCGCAGCUGACUCUGGAACUCCGAAUACUCCGACUAGUCUCUCCACAGUAGCAGCAGGUGCAGAGACAGAUGCGGCGGCUAAGCCAGCAACAGUAGCAGCAGCGGCAGGAGGAAUGGCAGAAAGCUUCUCGACGUCGUCGAUUGCUACUGCUCGUGGUGGCGGUGACGAGUCCGGUGCUCAAGAUGCGGUCAGUGGCGGCGAAAGUUAG